AUGAACGCGCGUUCCUUAGUUACAAGCGGGAAAAUAAAAGCCAAAAAAUUAGAAAAGCCCGCUACCCUCCCUGCCCUAAGCAUUUUCACGCAUCUUUCAUUCUCCUCACACUGUUGUGCAACUUCUCAAUCAAAGAUUGAAGGUUACGAUUUCAUCUCCAUCUCUCGACUUCAUCAUCUCAAUCAAGAAAAAGGGCUUCUAAGACUCGCUCAAUCACUAAAAGCCUGGGAUUUGCUAGCUUCUCUCUCAUCACCACAACACUUCUCCUUCUCGCCACCAUUACCGCCGCCCAAACUCCAACUCCAACACCACCGUCACCGCCACCAGCGUCCGAUUCCUGCAACGGCAUCUACUUAUCCUACACUUACACAUCCGGGUUUUCAUCAUGAUGAGUACUUGGUAUCUGCUUCUAAUGCUGUAAUUGCUGAUGGGUCUGCUACUUUUCCGGGUCUGGUUGGAAACGGCACCGUUUUUGCUGGAUUUCCAAGUGCUGAUCUCAAGACUGCUAUUGAAACUGCUGGAGAUGUGAAUCAGAUGUCGGUUGAGGUCGAUUUUGUGGGUACGCAGUUCGGAGUCAACUCGCCCGCUGUUCCUAUGCCUUCAAAUAUUUCUUUAGUGAAUGAUGGCUUUGUUUUCCCUAGACCUUCUAUGCAAGAUGUUUCUCCACUUGCUGGCAUGGAUGGUUUGUUGGGUGUCUCUUCUUAUGAUGCUGACAAGAACUGCACGUGCCUCUUCGUAUCAUCAAAAGCAACCCCUUAUCAAUCUAUUCCAACAAUGGUUGGCUCAAUGAUUUCCAUUAGGAUCAAGAACAGGAAAUUCUACCAAAAUCAGUAUGCCUUCUGCAACCAGCUUUUAACAGCCCCGGCUACUCCUCUCUUCCCUUCACUGGAAUCUGAAUCACAUAAAAUAUUCAUGAAUCAGAAUGGAGAUUCUAAAGAUCAUCAUCCAAAUGCACCAAAAUUUAGACCUGAUGUUCGUCUGUUGAUGCAAGAGAGCUUAAAUGGUGUCGUAGUGAAGAAGAGAAAGAAACAAAAAUUGGCUGAAGAAAUCACUAAUUUCAAUUAUGGGGAGACUGAUUCUUUUGGUAAUCAAUCUGCUUUGAACGCUGAAGCUGUAAUGCUUCCUGUUGCAGAAACUAUUGAGCACAAUCCUAGUUUAUUAGUAACUCAAGAAGAAGAAGGUACUGUUAACCAUCAAGUUAGUUUAGCAAUUGGGAGGUUUUUAUUUGACGUUGGUGUACCUUUAGAUGCUGUGAACUCUAUAUAUUUCCAGCCCAUGAUUUAUGCAAUUGCUUCGCAAGGAUCAAGAUUUGUGGGGCCUUCAUAUCAUGAUCUUCGUAGCUGGAUUUUAAAGAAUACAGUUCAAGAAGUUAGAACAGAAGUUGAUCAAUGCAUGGGGACUUGGGGCAAGAGUGGUUGUUCUGUUUUAGUCGAUGAAUUGACUUCAGAAAAUGGUAAAAUGUUUCUGAAUUUCUCAGUUUAUUGUCCCGAAGGGCUAAUGUUUUUGGGGUCUGUUGAUGUGAUCAACAUUAUAGGCUCCAUAGACGCUUUAUAUGGUUUAUUUAAAGAAAUCAUUGAAGAAGUUGGAGUAAGAAAUUUUCUCCAGAUUGUUACAAACAAUGAAGAACGUUAUAUUGAAGUAGGGAAACGAAUCACCAAUAAUUUCCCCACCAUUUUCUGGACUCCAUGUGCGACUCAUUGUGUGGAUUUGAUGUUAGAUGAUUUCAGAGAACUUAAAUGGAUAAGUACGAUUCUUGAACAAGGUAGAUCAAUAUCAAGAUUCAUAAACAAUCAUAGCUUUGUAUUGAAUAUGAUGAGAAGGUACACUUUUGGACUGGACAUCGUUGUAGUGGGUCCCACACGUGCAUCCACAGAUUUCUCCACAUUGAAAAGAAUGGUAAGUGUGAAGCACAACCUCCAAUCCAUGGUAACCUCAGAGGAAUGGAUGGAUUGUUCAUGUUCCAAGAAAGAAGAGGGGUACACUACAUUGGAUUAUAUAAGCAACCCAUCUUUUUGGUCAAUGUGUACAGUGAUCACUCAUUUAACAGAUCCUUUGUUGAGGCUUUUGAGAAUUGUUAGUGGGAAAAAGAGACCAGGAAUGGGGUAUGUUUACGCAGGGGUAUAUCGAGCAAAAGAAGCAAUUAAAAAAGAACUUAUUGAUAUGAAAGAUUUAAUUGUAGAAAUUUAUGUGAGUUUAUUUAUUUAUUUAUCAGGUGUAGAGGCAUGGUCAUUUGAUCAACAUUUAGGAGUUGCUCUAUUUAUCCCAGCUGGUUGUCCUUUUCAAAUGAGGAAUCUUCAGUUAACGGUUGAGUUAGGGCUUGAUUUCUUCUUCCCUGAAAGUCUAGCAGAAGCUGUUGGAAAGAUUUCACUUUAUGCAGCAAGUUCAUCAAUCAAGGAAGUUCAAAAACUGGUGUUGGAUCCAAAGUAA